UCUAUACUCACACAGAAAUUCCCACAUUGUUUCUUACAUACAGUUUCUUUAUAUCCUACCAGUGUUUUGGAAGAUGGGAUUUUCAAAGGAUAAUGGUUACAGUAACAGUGACCCACUUAACUGGGGCAUGGCUGCGGAUGCUUUGAGAGGUAGCCACCUUGAGGAGGUGAAGCGCAUGGUGGAAGAAUACCGUAACCCCGUGGUGACGGUAGGUGGGAAGGGCCUCACCGUGUCUCAGGUGGCGGCGGUUGCUAUCGGCGGCAUAAGGGUGGAGCUGGCGGAGGAAACCCGGCAUGGUGUAAAUGACAGCAGUGAUUGGGUGACUAAAAGUUUGGUGAACGGCGUUGAUACUUAUGGGAUCACCACAGGCUUCGGUGGAACCUCCUACAGGAGAACCAACCAAGGUGUUGCUCUCCAAAACGAACUCAUCAGAUUUUUAAAUGCUGGAAUUUUUGGCAAUGAUAAGGAAUCUUGUCACACUUUACCUCAAUCAACUACAAGAGCAUCCAUGUUGGUUAGGAUUAACACCUUGCUUCAAGGAUAUUCAGGCAUAAGAUUUGAAAUCAUGGAGGCCAUAGCCAAGUUUUUGAACCAUAACAUAACUCCUUGUCUCCCACUACGUGGCUCAAUCACUGCAUCAGGUGAUAUAAUUCCUUUCUCAUAUGUUGUUAGUCUCUUGAUUGGUAGGACAAACUCCAAGUCUAUUGGACCUAAUGGAGAAGUUCUUAAUGCUAGAGAGGCCUUUCAAUUAGCAGGAAUUGAUGGUGGUUUCUUUGAGUUGCAACCUAAAGAAGGAUUAGCAUUAGUAAAUGGAACCACAGUUGGAUCUGGCUUAGCUUCUAUAGUUCUUUUUGAAGCAAACUUACUUGUCAUCCUCUCAGAAGUCUUGGUUGCAAUUUUUGUUGAAGUUAUGCAUGGAAAACCAGAAUUCACAAAUCACUUAAUUCAUAAAUUGAAGCACCACCCUGGCCAAAUCGAGGCUGCAGCCAUAAUGGAGCAUAUAUUGGAUGGAAGUUCAUUUAUUAAGGAAGCACAAAAGUUUAAUGAAAUUGACCCGCUUCAAAAGCUUAAACAAGACAGGUAUGCUCUCAGAACAUCACCUCAAUGGCUUGGACCACAAAUUGAAGUAAUCAGGCAUGCAACAAAGAUGAUUGAAAGGGAGAUAAACUCUGUAAAUGAUAACCCCUUGAUUGACGCUUCAAGGAAUAAGGCACUUCAUUGUGGAAAUUUCCAAGGUACCCCAAUUGGUGUUUCAAUGGAUAACACUCGUUUGGCCAUAGCAUCAAUUGGAAAACUGUUGUUUGCCCAAUUCACUGAACUUGUGAAUGACUUAUACAAUAAUGGUUUACCUUCAAGUUUAGCUGCUAGUCCCAACCCAAGCUUGGAUUAUGGCCUCAAAGGAUCAGAAAUUGCAAUGGCAUCCUAUUGUUCAGAACUUCAAUACUUGGCAAAUCCUGUCACAACUCAUGUGCAGAGUACGGAGCAACAUAACCAAGGGGUAAACUCGUUAGGCUUAAUUUCUGCAAGAAAGACAGCUGAAGCAUUAGACAUCUUAAAGCUCAUGGCUUCCACUUUUUUAGUUGCAUUAUGUCAAGCAAUUGAUCUACGACAUCUAGCAGAAAACUUGAAGAACAUUGUGAAGAAUAUUGUGAGUCAAGUGGCAAAAAAAGUUCUCACAAUUGACAUUAAUCAUGAGGACUUGCUUAAAAUUGUUGAUGGUGAGCAUGUUUUUGCUUAUAUUGAUGAUCCUUGUAGGACAACACAUCCUCUGAUGCAAAAGUUGAGGUUAGUCCUAAUUGAUCAUGCAUUACAAAAUGGUGACAAAGUGACAAGUUCAAGCUCUUCAAUCUUUCAAAAGAUAAGUGCUUUUGAGGAAGAACUCAAAGUAAUUUUGCCAAAGGAGGUGGAAAGUACUAGGGUUGAAAUUGAGAAUGGAAAUCCAGUUAUUCCUAAUCGAAUUAGGAAAUGUAGAUCUUACUCAAUGUAUAAGUUUGUGAGAGACACUUUGGGCACAACUUUACUAACAGGCGAAAAAGUGACAUCACCUGGUGAAGAAUGCGAUAAGGUAUUUAUUGCAUUGUGUGAAGGAAAAUUUAUUGAUCCUAUGUUGAAUUGUCUAAAAGAGUGGAAUGGAACACCUUUACCAAUAUGAUAAAAUGGUGUUACCAAGAUAUUUGUUGCAUUGUCACUCUCUUUCUUUGUUUUUCUUCCACACAUUCUCUUACUUGUUUUUCUUCUCUACUGCACCGUAAAAGAGAGAAACAGAGAGAAAUGUGGUGUAUUGUGAGUUUGCAUUAUAAGUUUGUGAGUGUACUUGUUUGUUGUGAGAAUUUUAUUUUCCUCUCGUAACUUAAGAGAGUGUUUGUUUAUUUUUCAAUAAAA